ACGUUAGUCGUUGCAGUGUGUGGGUUAGGAUUAGGAUCAAGGCGAGCGUCCAUUUAAAGUGAGCACAAGCCUUUUUAUGCUCUCCUCCACGGAGACCAACAAAAACAUCCACGGGGCAAUGAACACCUUGACCGCCGCGACCUGCAUGCUUGCAGCUGGCCUGGGCUGCUUCCUGUACCGCCACGAUGUCUUACUGUGGCUGCUCUCUCUGGCAGAGCCCCCCCCCUCCUCCAUGCCCGAGCCGGGAGCUUCUCCCCGGCGGAGUCCGCAGGGAGUUCCGUACAGCGACCUGCAGCAUAUCGUCAACGCCGAUGGACUGCACCUGUUCUGCCGCUACUGGGAGCCCACCGGCCCGCCAAGGGCGCUGGUGUUCAUCGCCCAUGGGGCUGGGGAACACUGUGGUCCCUACGACGAGAUUGCAGAGAGACUAAAGGAAGAGAUGUCCCUGCUGGUCUUCGCACACGACCAUGUCGGCCACGGUCAGAGUGAAGGUGACAGGAUGAACAUCAAGGACUUCCAGGUGUACAUCCGCGACUCACUGCAACACAUCGACGUGAUGAAGUCUCGCCACCCUGACCUGCCUGUAUUCAUUGUGGGCCAUUCCAUGGGUGGAGCAAUAUCCAUCCUCAUGGCCUGCGAAAGGCCUACUGAUUUUGCUGGAGUGGUUCUGAUUGCCCCAAUGGUACAAAUGAACCCAGACUCAGCCACGCCCUUCAAGGUUUUCCUGGCCAAGAUUCUGAACCAUAUGCUGCCUAGCUUGAGUCUAGGGUCCAUUGAGUCCAAAUGGGUCUCACGGGACAAGAAGCAGGUGGAGGCCUAUGACACCGACGAGCUAAACUUCCACGGCGGGCUGCGCAUAUCGUUCGGCAUGCAGCUGAUGGGGGCAGCGGCUCGCAUCGAGAGGGCCGUCACAUCUGUCAGCUGGCCCUUCCUGCUCCUGCACGGCGACGCUGACAAGCUCUGCGACAUCAGAGGCUCCAAGAUGAUGUUUGAAAAGGCUCCCAGCUCGGACAAGAAACUCAAGGUGUAUGAGGGCGGCUACCAUGCUCUUCACCACGACUUGCCAGAUGUGGCGCAGUCCGUACUGAAGGAGGUGACCAGCUGGAUCCGAGAGCGCCUUCCCGACACCACACUGCCAUCACCACAAGGCUCGUAGACUUAACACCAUAAAGGAAACUGACCACCGCAGUUAAGCUAAAACAAUACUAGAACAUUCUCCUGUCGAGUGAUGACAGGAGUGUAGUCCUUUGGGCAUUUACUCCACUCUCUUUGCCUCUUUAUAGAUCACAUUUUCUAAGUGUUUCUUGAGAAUUGGGUUAAUCAGCCCAAGCUAGACUGGUUGAAGGAAAUUUACAAGUAAAUUCAAGUUGUAGUAUGCUCAGGUUUGUAGUGCAAUACUGACAUUUCUUUUGACAGUUCUCAUCUCAUCAUCCCUAAAAUGAUCUGAAAGAAUGUUUCACGAUAACAUUACAGCUAGAUACUGCCAGCACCCAUUAUCAUUUAUACAUUACAAAUCCUCCCCUCACAUUUUUAGAGUAGUUUCUUACAUACUAGGCCCCGAUAGGUCACAUGACUUCAAUAAAAAUGUAACCACUUCCACACAGAGAUCCUGCUGCAUCAGCCGUAACAAUAAAUGUAUCCGCCUGUACUUUUUUAUACAGGCAGCACAGUAGAGAUGCAUGUUAGGACACAUCUUCACCCUUCUGUGUGAAGUGGUUAAAGAGUAGAAGAGUGCUGGGUUCCGUCAUUAUGUCUCCUGGUCAACUUUGAAAGACGACUGAAAGUCUGGAAUGAAAGAGGGAACAAAUCAAAGAGGCCAAAGGUCAAGAGUUCAGAAGUGCUCCCCAUUGUGUCCUUUCACCUUCAGUGUCGAGCUUUAAUUCACAUAUAUCAUGUCGCGUUGCCCCCAUUACUGUGGACAAUAGAGUUAGUUGGUUCACACGCCAUCUGACAUUGGAGUUGGACAAUUUUACUCAAGGUGUAGUGCUUAUAUAGGGUAUAUAUAUAGGGUGUCAUGUAAAGGACAGCCUGAAUGAGCUCUGCCAAGUGUUUCAUUUCUUAUUAGACAUCUUUAUGACAUGUGCCCCAUUCGAAGCAAGCCAAAAGCUACUUAAAUGUUUUUUUUUUUAAUUCCAUAUUUAAUGUGUUAUCACCUUGGAAAUUACACAAAAGGAACAGUCACAUUUCUGGCUUGGCGCCAAUACUCUUCUAUUUUUUUUAGACUUUGACGCCAUGCCACCCCGUGUGGUUUGUUGCCAUGGUGACCAGUAGGCUUUGUCUAGGCAGUCACUUGUUCUUCUGUCACCCAAUAGUGCCUGUAGUGGUUGAUAUAACAAUAAGCAAAGAAAAUAUAAUUUAUAAGAAAAAUAAAAUGAUAAAAUAUCAAUGCUAUUUUUCAUGCAAAUUGACCUAUCAGAGCGCAUGAUUCAGGACUAAAUAUUAUAUUAUGUUGGUUGGAAAUCUUGAACUGAAUAUCAAUUCAAAAUAAUGAAAUAAGAUAGAGUACAAACUAAAAUAAUUUUUAAAAAGUAUUUAUGAAUAAUUACUAUUUUUGUUGUUAGUGUAGUAUUCAAAAUAAUUGUAUUGUCUGUAUUGAGGUUGCAAAAUAUAAAUAUUAGAUACUGUUGGUUGCAAGUCAUGAGAUAAAAGAUAUAAAAUACACAAAAAUAUAAAGUCAUUGCAAUAAAAGUUGUAUAUAUUAGUAAAAUAAUGUCACAAAAUACUCAUUUUAUUUUUCAUACAAUUUGAGAUGACUGCAUAUUUUCCCUGAUCAAAUAUUAGGUUAUGUUGGUUGUAAAAAAGGUUUUCAUCCAGUCUGACUGAGCACCAUGACUACUGCUGAGUAGUAUUGUGGUACUUACGAGUACUACGGCAGGUAGAGCAUACACUUCAGAGAGAAUCAGUGGCAUUGCCGGUGUAGCUAACUUGAAAUGCGCUUUCUGCGAGAUGGCAUGAGGGCAUUUUACUGCAAAACGUUCGCAUUAGGGCGGAGGAUGAUGGAAUAAAAGGACAGGAUAGAGACAGAACGAUACACUGGCUGUAACCAUGGCAGCACCUUUUAUGUUUUUUUUUUCUUUUUAAAUGUAUUCCGAUAAUUGUGCAGCAUGUGAAACAACGCAUGCUGUUAUCAGGGCCUGAUCUGUCCUUUAGACUGUUUGAUAUUAAAUCUUUUUCAAAUGUAGACAUUAUAAAUCUACAUUUCUUUUCAAAGAUGCACAUGUUGUAUCCGAUCUGUGAUCUAUAAUUAACUACAUCGAAUAUAAUCGCUCAUGUCACGUAUUUGCAUGGUCAUCAGCUGUUGCUAAGCAGAAUGUGUGGGGCACAGUGAGAUAGCAGGCGGCAGCGACAUAGGAAAUAACUGGUUAGGUCACAUUUGGAUGGUCACCUGUUGCUAGGCAGAAUUUGUGGGGCACAAUGCACUAGCUAGCAGGGGCAGCUUGGAUUCUUUUUUUCCCUGUUUUUUUCAUGGAUCACAAUUAGCUAGCUAACAGGCAGAGAACAACGCAGGGAAAAAUGGUCACGUGGGUCACAAUUGGUUAGCUAGCAAAUGCAGCAACAUAAAAAUUACUCAUGUCAGGUAACUUGUUGAUAGACAAUGCAAUUAGCUUGUUGUAUCAGUAACAUAACAUAAAAUGGCUAUCAAAUUAUCUUCCCUAGUUUUGUCACACAUUUGUAAGGACCCCUGUUGCUGAAUUUGUAGAGCACAAUAAGCUAACUCGGAAGCGCACUGUCAAAAAAUGUUGUGUUCGCAUUUGCAUGAUCACCUGUUGCUAGGCAGAUUCUCUGGGGCACAGUUCGCUAGCUAGUUGUCUCAGCAACAUAGAAGUACUAAAAAUUACUUUAAUCCUGGUCCUGUUACAGUCACUUGGUGCUAGGUAAAAUUUGUUAGGCAUAACUAGCUAGCUAAUAGGCGCAAUAGAAAAUAACUGGUUACAUCAUACAUGUUUAUGGUCAGCUUUUGCUUGUCAGAAUUCCUGUUUUAUACUGGUCAUGUCAUGUUUUUGUAUGGUCAUUUUUUUUGGCAGAAUUGGCUCAAUGACAGUUAGCUAGCCAGGAGGCACAGCAACGUGGGGAAAAAAAUGAAGGCUUCGUAGAACGCAGGAGGCACAGUUAGCUGGAGAGCAGGCACAGGAACAGAGAAAGACGUUAGUCAUGUCACACUUUGGUAUGCACACUUGUUGCUAGGCGGAAUUUAUGGGGCGCCAUCAUUGGUAUUAUUCAUUACUAUUGCAAGAACACAUCAUCAGUAGGAUAAAACUAACCAGUCUCACGACGUUCUAUUCAAAUUCACAUUCUAUUCAAUUACCAACAGAUUCUUUUUUGUACCACAGCAUCAUCUGCUGGCUGGGUUGCGGCACUGCCCCACUUGACCUGAAUUCAUGUAAACCCACUACUGCAAUGUCCACAUCCACUGUAAUACUACUCUAUACUUUUACAAGCAUGCUCUAUUUGCAGUUUGCUGUGCAGCUAUAUAUUUAUAUAUAUGUUUGUAUCUAGACAGAGCACACACUUCCAGACAAUAAUCAGCAUGACUGUUACUAUCUUUAUUUAGUUUCCAAUAGUAGGUAAGAAUGUUUAAGUGGGUGGGGGAAUGUUGAAUGCUGUAGAGUACUUCAGUUUGAGAUUUUUUUUUAUUUUAUAAUGACUUUAUGACUGUUCCUUAAAAAAGCAGAAUUAUGGACCUUGGUGUGUGUGUAAAUACAGUAUAUUCUACUGAUCUGACCUGUGAAAUUUAAUUUGUUUUUCAUUUUUUUGUUCUGUUUCUGAGAAGCUAAAAAUGUACAAUAAUUCAACAUCACUGAUGAGGCAUUUUGGAAAAUUUAUGAAGCAUUUUUUAACAUUAUUUCUAUACUAUAAUAAGACAUUGUACUAUAUAGCAUUGCUUACUCAAUGUUAAGGAUAUGGGUUGUAGGAGUUACCAAUGUAUAUAACAUGAUGUAUACUGAUCACACAUUCGGGACAAUGCACUUUUUUAUACCUUAUUAGAGCACACAUGUAAUUUGUAACUUUUUAACAUAGGUUCAAAGUUGGUUGCAGUCCCAAAAAUGUCAACGCUUCUCUUGUGAGUUUUUUUGUAAUGACCCAGUGCUGAAUUCAUCACUACAUUUUGCAUUUUAUGAUAAAAACAAUGAAUGUUCCUUUUCCUGGCAUGUUUUGCAGCAUGUUGGGACAUAGUAAGUUUACUCCCUGUUAACUCCACUGCAUGUAUGUGAUGAUUUAUAAGUGGAUAUGGGGGUAGGGCACUGAUUGGGCCUCACCAGAUUCCUGAAAAUAGUUAAAAUAUUUUCUAAAAUGCCUACCUGCAGUAACUUAACAUGGACCUUAUAUUGUAUUGUUUUGUUUAGAGAUUGUAGUAUCUAUUAGUGUUGUUUGUGCCUUAUUGAUUUGACGCCAUGACCAAGAGUGUGAGCAUGUUGGUGCAAUAACAUGUGUGGGACUCCAUCAGGGUGACCAACAUUGUAGAGUUAAUGAACAUUGCUUUGUCUGUCUGUUGAAUAAAUAGCACUUUUACUCA